GCUGUCGCAUUGCCUCAGACUGCAGUCGAGCUGAGAGUCGGUGCAGCCACAUCGCCUGCCUCAGAGAUCGCUCUGUCUAAGGACGGUCGGUCUAGGGACCCAUUGCCUCACCGAGUGUCUGCUCGGAGCCGCCACAUCACCUCAUAUCCCGCUGUGACCGAGAGAGACCGCCUGAGAGCUGUGGGCCCGGCAGCCGCCUCAGUCCCUCGCCAUGUCGGAGGGCGGUGGGGGUGGGGGUGAGGAUGGCGGCGGCGGCAGCGGCCUGGAGGUGACGGUGCAGAAUGUAGCCGACGUGUCGCUGCUGCAGAAACACAUCCGAAAGCUGGUGCCGCUGCUGCUGGAAGAUGGCGGCGACGCGCCCGCAUCGCUGGAGGCGGCAUUCGAGGAGAAGAGUGCGGUGGAGCAGAUGAAGAAAUUCCUCUCCGACCCCCAGAUGCACACGGUGUUGGUGGAGAGAACCACCUUGAAAGAGGAUGUUGGAGAUGAAGGGGAAGAGGAAAAAGAGCACAUUGCUUACAACAUAAACACUGAUAUUCAUUAUGGACUUAAAUCUAACAGUUUGGCUUUUAUUAAGCGCACUCCAGUUAUUGAUGCAGAUAAACCAAUUUCAUCUCAAAUGCGUGUUAUAACACUCAGUGAAGAUUCCCCAUAUGAAACAUUGCAUUCAAUCAUCAGCAAUGCAGUUGCUCCAUUCUUCAAAUCGUACAUCAGAGAAUCCGGCAAAGCUGACAGGGACGGUGAUAAAAUGGCGCCAUCUGUUGAGAAAAAGAUUGCGGAGCUGGAGAUGGGUCUUCUACAUUUGCAGCAGAAUAUUGAGAUCCCAGAGAUCAGUCUUCCAAUCCACCCAGUCCUAACCAAUGUAGCCAAACACUGCUAUGAACAUGGAGAGAAACCCAAAGUCACCGAUUUUGGUGAUAAAGUUGAGGAUCCAACCUUCCUCAACCAAUUGCAGUCUGGUGUGAACCGCUGGAUCAGAGAAAUCCAGAAGGUAACCAAGCUUGAUCGUGAUCCUGCCUCUGGAACUGCUCUGCAGGAAAUCAGCUUCUGGUUGAAUCUAGAAAGAGCCUUGUAUCGCAUUCAAGAAAAACGGGAAAGUGGAGAGGUGCUCCUCACUUUGGAAAUUCUCAAACAUGGCAAACGUUUUCAUGCCACUGUGAGCUUUGACACUGACACUGGACUUAAACAAGCAUUGGAAACUGUAAACGACUAUAAUCCUCUGAUGAAGGAUUUCCCGUUGAAUGAUUUGCUGUCUGCAACUGAACUGGAUAAAAUCAGACAAGCUCUUGUUGCAAUCUUCACACACUUGCGAAAAAUCAGAAACACAAAAUACCCUAUUCAACGAGCCUUGAGAUUAGUGGAAGCAAUUUCAAGAGAUCUGAGCUCCCAGUUGCUGAAAGUCUUGGGAACGCGAAAACUGAUGCAUGUUGCUUAUGAAGAAUUUGAGAAGGUGAUGGUGGCAUGUUUUGAAGUCUUCCAGACUUGGGAUGACGAGUAUGAGAAACUUCAGGUUUUGCUUCGAGAUAUUGUGAAAAGAAAGCGUGAAGAGAAUCUUAAGAUGGUUUGGCGAAUCAAUCCUGCUCAUCGCAGGCUGCAGGCUCGUCUUGACCAAAUGAGAAAGUUCAGACGACAGCAUGAACAGCUGAGGGCUGUCAUUGUCCGAGUUCUUCGACCCCAGGUAACUGCCAUCGCACAGCAAUCCCAGGGGGAAGGGCCUGAGCCGCAGGACAUGAAAGUAGCAGAAGUUUUAUUCGAUGCAGCCGAUGCAAAUGCUAUUGAAGAAGUAAACCUUGCUUAUGAAAAUGUCAAGGAGGUUGACGGAUUGGAUGUUUCCAAAGAAGGAACUGAAGCUUGGGAAGCGGCACUCAAGCGCUACGAUGAGCGUAUCGACAGAGUGGAAACGCGCAUUACAGCCCGGCUCAGAGACCAGCUUGGCACUGCGAAAAAUGCCAAUGAAAUGUUCAGAAUAUUUUCCCGAUUCAAUGCCCUCUUUGUUCGUCCACACAUUCGAGGUGCGAUUCGUGAAUAUCAAACGCAGCUCAUCCAGCGUGUGAAAGAUGACAUUGAAGCCUUGCACGACAAGUUCAAAGUGCAGUACCCACAGAGUCAAGCUUGUAAGAUGAGUCAUGUCCGUGACUUGCCUCCUGUUUCCGGCUCUAUUAUUUGGGCAAAACAGAUUGACCGACAACUCACGGCCUACAUGAAGCGUGUGGAAGAUGUCCUUGGAAAGGGUUGGGAGAAUCAUGUAGAAGGACAAAAACUAAAACAAGAUGGUGACAGCUUUCGCAUGAAGCUCAACACACAAGAGAUCUUUGACGACUGGGCAAGAAAGGUCCAACAGCGCAACCUCGGUGUGUCCGGUCGUAUCUUCACCAUAGAAAGCACUCGUACUCGUGGCCGCAGUGGGAAUGUCCUGAAGUUGAAAGUCAACUUUCUGCCUGAGAUUAUCACACUUUCCAAAGAAGUCCGCAAUCUUAAGUGGCUUGGGUUCCGCGUUCCGCUCGCAAUUGUAAACAAGGCUCACCAAGCAAACCAGCUGUAUCCAUUUGCAAUUUCUCUGAUUGAAAGUGUUCGUACCUAUGAGAGAACAUGCGAGAAGGUAGAAGAGAGAAUCUCAAUAUCCCUUUUGGUUGCUGGCCUGAAAAGAGAAGUUCAAGGAUUGAUAGCUGAAGGAAUUGCAUUAGUCUGGGAAUCAUACAAAUUGGAUCCUUAUGUCCAACGCUUGGCAGAGAGUGUUUUCAGCUUCCAGGAAAAGGUGGAUGAUCUGCUGAUCAUUGAAGAGAAGAUAGACCUUGAAGUUCGUUCAUUGGAAACCUGCGCCUACGAUCACAAAAUAUUUUCUGAAAUCUUGAACCGUGUUCAGAAAGCAGUCGAUGAUUUGAACCUCCAUUCGUACUCCAAUUUGUCUAUCUGGGUGAAUAAGCUGGAUAUUGAGAUUGAAAGGACCCUGGGAGUGCGGUUGCAGGCUGGUUUGAAAGCAUGGACAUUGGUUCUAUUUGGACAUGCCGACGACAAAGCUGAUGUUGAUAUGGAUACCGAUGCACCACAGACCAGCCAUAAGCCUGGAGGCGAGCCAAAGAUCAGGAAUAUAGUUCAUGAGCUUCAUAUUACAAAUCAAGUAAUCUAUUUACAUCCACCAAUUGAAGACUGCAGAUACAAACUCUACCAAGAGCUGUUCAGCUGGAAAAUGAUUAUCCUAACACUUCCUAGGAUUCAGAGUCAGCGAUAUCAGGUUGGUUUUCAAUAUGAACUAUCUGAAGAGGAGAAAUUCUACAGAAAUGCACUGACAAGAAUGCCAGACGGACCAGCUGCUUUGGAGGAAGCUCAUGAAGCUGUUAUGGGAAUUGUUAGAGAAGUUGAAAAAUAUGUCAAGGUUUGGCUUCAGUACCAAUGUCUGUGGGAUAUGCAACCUGAAAACAUCUACAACAGGCUGGAAGAUGAUCUAAACAAAUGGCAGGCACUGCUUGUCCAAAUUAGAAAGGCCAGAGGAACGUUUGACAAUGCCGAGACUAAAAAGGAUUUUGGCCCUGUUGUUAUUGAUUAUGGAAAAGUGCAAUCAAAAGUGAAUCUAAAAUAUGAUUCUUGGCAUAAAGAGGUUCUCAGCAAAUUUGGGCAGAUGCUUGGUCAGAACAUGCAGGAGUUCCAUUCACAGAUUUCAAAGUCUCGUCAAGAAUUGGAGCAGCAUUCGGUGGAUACAGCGAGUACUUCAGAUGCUGUGACCUUCAUCACAUAUGUGCAGUCGUUGAAACGCAAGAUCAAGCAGUUUGAGAAACAAGUCGAUCUUUAUCGCAAUGGCCAGCGUUUGCUGGAAAAACAACGAUUCCAGUUUCCUCCAUCUUGGCUGUACAUUGACAAUAUUGAUGGGGAGUGGGGUGCUUUCAAUGACAUCAUGCGUAGAAAGGACAGUGCUAUCCAGCAGCAGGUGGCGAACCUACAGAUGAAGAUUGUUCAGGAAGAUCGUGCCGUGGAAAGCCGCACCACUGAUCUCCUGGGUGAAUGGGAGAAAACAAAACCUGUGGCUGGGAGCCAGCGGCCAGAGGACGCCCUGCAAGAGCUCACUAUCUAUGAAGGCAAGUUUGGUCGUCUAAAAGAUGACAGAGAGAAAUGUGCUAAAGCUAAGGAAGCUUUGGAGCUAACCGACACAGGAUUGCUCAGUGGCAGUGAAGAACGGGUACAGGUUGCAUUAGAAGAACUGCAGGAUCUUAAAGGUGUCUGGUCUGAACUUUCCAAAGUUUGGGAGCAAAUUGAUCAAUUGAAAGAACAAACAUGGGUCUCAGUACAGCCACGGAAGCUUCGUCAGAACUUGGAUGGACUGCUUAACCAGCUGAAGAAUUUCCCAGCUCGACUGCGUCAGUAUGCAUCAUACGAGUUUGUUCAGAGACUUCUGAAGGGCUACAUGAAGAUUAACAUGUUGGUGAUUGAGCUAAAGUCUGAGGCCUUAAAGGACCGUCAUUGGAAGCAACUGAUGAAACGACUCCAUGUCAAUUGGGUCGUGUCUGAAUUAACCCUUGGUCAGAUAUGGGAUGUGGACUUGCAAAAAAACGAAGCCAUUGUUAAAGAUGUCCUGCUCGUGGCUCAGGGAGAGAUGGCUUUGGAGGAGUUUUUGAAACAGAUCAGAGAAUUGUGGAACACUUAUGAACUGGACUUGGUGAACUAUCAAAACAAGUGUAGGCUGAUCCGUGGCUGGGAUGACCUAUUCAACAGAGUUAAAGAACACAUCAACAGUGUAUCUGCCAUGAAGCUCUCACCGUACUACAAGGCAUUACCAAACUACAAGGUCUUUGAAGAAGAUGCCUUGAGCUGGGAAGAUAAACUGAAUCGUAUAAUGGCACUUUUUGAUGUCUGGAUUGACGUGCAGAGGCGCUGGGUCUAUCUCGAAGGCAUUUUCACAGGAAGUGCUGACAUUAAGCACUUGUUGCCCGUAGAAACUCAGAGAUUCCAGAGCAUCAGCACAGAAUUCCUGGCGCUCAUGAAGAAAGUGACUAAGUCUCCCCUGGUCAUGGAUGUUUUGAAUAUCCAAGGAGUACAGCGGUCUUUGGAACGUUUAGCUGAUUUGUUGGGCAAAAUACAGAAGGCUUUGGGAGAAUAUUUGGAGAGAGAACGAUCAUCCUUUCCUCGGUUCUACUUUGUUGGCGAUGAAGAUUUGUUGGAGAUUAUUGGUAAUAGUAAGAAUGUAGCGAAGUUGCAGAAACAUUUCAAAAAAAUGUUUGCUGGUGUUUCUAGUAUCAUUCUCAACGAAGAUGCUACAAUUGUCUUGGGAAUUGCAUCGCGCGAAGGAGAAGAGGUACUUUUCAAAACGGCUGUUUCGAUCAUUGAGCAUCCUAAAAUAAAUGAGUGGUUAACUUUGGUGGAGAAAGAAAUGAGGGUGACUCUGGCCAAAUUGCUGGCUGAAUCGGUCACUGAAGUUGGAAUUUUUGGUCAGGGCACUUCAAUUGAUUCUGCAGACUACAUUUCUUGGAUUGAUAAAUACCAGGCCCAGCUUGUUGUCCUUUCGGCUCAGAUAUCAUGGUCUGAAAAUGUGGAAAGUGCUCUGAAUAAUGGUGCCAGUGAUGGCCAGUCUCCUCUUGCCCCGGCACUAGUGAAUGUGGAAGAUACUUUGACUGUAUUAGCAGAUUCUGUUUUGAUGGAACAGCCACCACUUCGCAGAAGGAAACUUGAGCACUUGAUCACUGAAUUGGUACAUCAGAGAGAUGUGACCAGAAUGCUGAUGAAAAACAAAGUAGACCAACCAAAAUCUUUUGAUUGGCUCAGCCAAAUGAGAUUUUACUUCGAUCCCAAACAAACAGAUGUGCUCCAACAGUUAUCUAUACAGAUGGCAAAUGCCAAGUUCAACUAUGGUUUUGAGUACCUCGGUGUCCAAGAUAAACUUGUGCAGACACCUCUCACGGACCGUUGCUACUUGACCAUGACGCAAGCCUUGGAAGCUAGACUUGGCGGAUCUCCGUUCGGGCCCGCUGGAACUGGGAAGACUGAAUCUGUCAAAGCACUUGGACACCAGCUUGGACGCUUUGUUUUGGUCUUCAACUGUGAUGAGACCUUCGAUUUCCAGGCCAUGGGUCGUAUAUUUGUGGGUCUCUGCCAGGUGGGAGCCUGGGGCUGUUUUGAUGAAUUCAAUCGCCUGGAAGAACGUAUGCUCUCUGCUGUAUCACAGCAAAUCCAGUGUAUCCAGGAAGCUCUGCGAGAGCAUUCUAAUCCCAACCGCGAGCGAGGUUCUCCAACCAUCACCUGUGAGCUUCUGAACAAGCAAGUGAAAGUCAGGGCAGAUAUGGCUAUAUUCAUUACAAUGAAUCCAGGUUAUGCUGGUCGCUCCAACCUACCAGAUAACUUGAAAAAGCUUUUCCGCAGUUUAGCGAUGACCAAACCCGAUCGCCAACUCAUCGCACAAGUUAUGUUGUAUUCACAAGGAUUCCGUACUGCUGAAACCCUUGCUAACAAGAUCGUUCCAUUCUUCAAGCUUUGUGAUGAGCAAUUGUCAUCCCAGAGCCACUACGAUUUUGGCCUCCGUGCCCUGAAGAGUGUGUUAGUGAGUGCAGGUAAUGUGAAGCGUGAGAGGAUUCAAAGGAUCAAGAAAGAGAAGGGAGAACGUGGUGAAGUUGUUGAUGAAGCAGAAAUUGCAGAGAAUUUGCCUGAACAAGAGAUUCUGAUCCAGAGUGUUUGUGAGACCAUGGUUCCCAAACUGGUUGCAGAAGACAUCCCAUUACUUUUCAGUCUUUUGUCUGAUGUGUUCCCUGGCAUUGCAUACCACCGUGGAGAAAUGACUGCACUACGUGAUGAAUUGAAGAAGGUUUGUCAGGAAAUGUACCUUACCUAUGGUGACGGUGAAGAUGUUGGUGGAAUGUGGGUUGAAAAGGUUCUGCAGCUAUAUCAGAUCUCACAGAUAAACCAUGGUCUGAUGAUGGUUGGGCCAUCAGGCAGUGGGAAAAGUAUGGCUUGGCGUGUUUUACUGAAAGCCCUUGAGAGGCUUGAGGGAAUAGAAGGGGUUGCCCACAUCAUUGAUCCAAAAGCAACCAGCAAGGACCAUCUAUAUGGAACAUUAGACCCGAACACCAGGGAAUGGACGGAUGGACUGUUCACACAUGUUCUUAGAAAGAUCAUAGACAAUGUGCGAGGAGAGCUGCAGAAACGUCAGUGGAUUAUCUUUGAUGGCGAUGUUGAUCCCGAAUGGGUGGAAAACCUGAACUCUGUUUUGGACGAUAACAAAUUGCUCACCCUGCCCAAUGGAGAACGUCUCAGCCUUCCGCCAAAUGUGCGGAUUAUGUUUGAGGUCCAAGACUUGAAAUAUGCUACACUAGCCACUGUAUCCCGAUGUGGAAUGGUGUGGUUUAGUGAAGAUGUACUCAGCACAGAUAUGAUCUUCAAUAACUUCUUGGCUCGACUGCGCGGCAUUCCGCUGGAUGAGGGAGAGGAUGAGGCCCAGCGAAGGCGCAAGAGCAAAGACGAGGAAGAGCAAGAAACAGCUUCCCCAAUGCUCCAGAUACAGAGAGAUGUCGCUACAGUUCUGCAGCCAUUCUUCACUUCCACUGGUCUGAUUAUAAAAGCCGUCGAGCAAGCUGCUAAAAUGGAGCACAUUAUGGAUUUUACCCGGUUACGAUGUCUGGGUUCUCUCUUCUCGAUGCUGCACCAAGCUUGUCGAAAUAUUGCAUUAUACAACGCAAACCACCCAGAUUUUCCAAUGCCGAAUGAGCAGUUGGAACUCUAUAGCCAGAAAUACCUAAUUUACGCGAUUCUUUGGUCGCUCUCGGGUGAUGCACGUUUGAAGAUGAGAGCAGAACUUGGUGAAUACCUCCGGCGAAUUACCACCAUUCCACUGCCAAGCACGCCAAACAUGCCCAUCAUUGACUUUGAGGUUUCCAUUACUGGAGAAUGGGUUCCUUGGCAAUCAAAGGUUCCACAGAUUGAAGUUGAGACGCAUAAAGUUGCUGCUCCAGAAGUUGUUGUACCAACCUUGGAUACAGUUCGUCAUGAAGCCCUUCUGUACACCUGGCUGGCUGAGCAUAAACCACUGGUUCUAUGUGGACCACCAGGGUCUGGCAAGACCAUGACUCUAUUCAGCGCACUAAGAGCUCUGCCUGAUAUGGAGGUUGUGGGUCUGAACUUCUCCAGUGCAACCACACCUGAGUUGGUUCUGAAGACGUUUGAUCACUACUGUGAGUACCGCCGGACACCGAAUGGAGUUGUGUUGGCACCUGUGCAGCUUGGUAAAUGGCUGGUGCUCUUCUGCGAUGAAAUCAACCUUCCAGACAUGGACAAAUAUGGCACCCAGAGGGUCAUAUCCUUCAUACGACAGAUGGUAGAACAUGGUGGUUUCUACCGUACUUCAGACCAGGCCUGGGUUAAGUUGGAAAGAAUCCAGUUUGUUGGAGCAUGCAACCCAUCUACCGAUCCAGGAAGGAAACCACUUUCACACCGGUUCCUACGUCAUGUACCGGUGGUGUACGUAGAUUAUCCAGGACCAGCCUCCCUCACUCAGAUUUAUGGAACGUUUAACAGAGCUAUGCUAAGACUCAUUCCAUCCUUGCGGACGUAUGCAGAACCCCUUACUGCAGCAAUGGUGGAAUUCUACAUCAUGUCACAGGAACGUUUCACUCAAGACAUACAGCCUCAUUACAUUUACUCUCCUCGUGAAAUGACCCGUUGGGUUAGAGGAAUUUUUGAAGCUUUGAAGCCAUUGGAAACACUUGCAGUUGAGGGAUUGAUUAGGAUCUGGGCUCACGAGGCCUUGCGCUUGUUCCAAGACAGACUGGUGGAUGAUGAGGAGCGACAGUGGACAGAUGAGCAUGUCGAUGUGGUGGCUUUGAAGCACUUCCCUAACAUUGACAAAGAUAAAGCUUUGGUUAAACCUAUUUUGUACAGCAACUGGCUGUCUAAGGAUUAUAUACCAGUAGAUCAAGAAGAGCUGAGAGACUAUGUCAAAGCCAGGCUCAAGGUUUUCUAUGAGGAGGAGUUGGACGUACCCUUGGUACUUUUUAACGAAGUAUUGGAUCAUGUGCUGAGAAUUGACAGGAUAUUCCGGCAAUCACAAGGCCAUUUGCUGCUUAUCGGAGUCAGCGGUGCAGGGAAAACAACACUCUCUCGCUUUGUUGCCUGGAUGAAUGGCCUUAGCGUUUACCAGAUUAAGGUUCACAGGAAGUACACGGGUGAGGAUUUUGAUGAAGACCUGAGAACAGUGUUGCGACGAUCCGGCUGCAAAAAUGAGAAGAUCGCUUUCAUUAUGGACGAGUCCAAUGUCCUCGAUUCCAGUUUCCUGGAACGCAUGAAUACCUUGCUGGCUAAUGGGGAGGUGCCUGGCCUGUUUGAAGGGGAUGAGUAUGCCACCUUAAUGACCCAAUGCAAAGAAGGUGCUCAGAAGGAAGGUUUAAUGCUUGACACCCAUGAGGAACUGUACAAGUGGUUUACAGGGCAGGUUAUCCGCAAUCUGCACGUUGUAUUCACCAUGAAUCCAUCGUCUGAGGGCUUGAAGGAUAGAGCUGCAACCUCUCCGGCUCUUUUUAACAGAUGUGUGCUGAACUGGUUCGGGGACUGGUCUACCGAAGCCUUGUAUCAAGUUGGCAAAGAGUUCACCAGCAAAAUGGACCUUGAGAAACCCAAUUAUAUUGUUCCCGACUACAUGCCCAUUGCUUAUGACAAGCUUCCCCAAACACCAUCACACCGAGAGGCUAUCAUCAACAGUUGUGUUUUUGUUCACUUAACAUUGCAUCAGGCAAACACUCGGCUGGCCAAGCGUGGGGGCAGGAUAAUGGCCAUCACACCUCGCCACUAUCUGGACUUCAUCAAUCACUAUGCCAAUAUGUUCAAUGAAAAGCGUAGUGAACUAGAAGAGCAGCAGAUGCAUUUAAACGUUGGUCUACGAAAGAUUAAGGAAACUGUUGAUCAGGUUGAAGAGUUACGUCGCGAUCUCAGAAUUAAAAGCCAAGAAUUAGAAGUUAAAAAUGCAGCAGCCAAUGAUAAGCUAAAGAAAAUGGUGAAGGAUCAACAAGAAGCUGAAAAGAAAAAGGUGAUGAGUCAAGAAAUUCAGGAGCAGGUGCUCAAACAGCAAGAAAUUAUUGCUGACAAGCAGAUGAAAGUAAAGGAAGAUUUGGAUAUGGUGGAGCCCGCUGUCAUUGAGGCUCAGAAUGCUGUAAAAUCGAUCAAGAAGCAGCACUUGGUUGAGGUCCGUUCAAUGGCUAAUCCACCGGGUGCAGUGAAGCUAGCACUCGAAUCAAUCUGUCUACUCCUGGGUGAAAGUACAACAGACUGGAAACAGAUCCGAUCGAUCAUUAUGAGGGAAAACUUCAUUCCGACCAUUGUAAAUUUUUCAGCUGACGAAAUCAGUGAUGUUAUCCGUGAGAAGAUGAAGAAAAAUUACAUGUCCAAUCCGAGCUACAACUAUGAAAUUGUGAACAGAGCUUCUUUGGCUUGUGGCCCAAUGGUGAAGUGGGCUAUUGCACAGCUCAAUUAUGCUGACGUAUUAAAACGAGUGGAACCUUUACGCAAUGAGCUACAGAAGCUAGAGGAUGAUGCAAAAGAGAACCAGCAAAAGGCUGAUGAAGUAGAACAAAUGAUCCGUGAUCUGGAAAACAGUAUUGCACGAUACAAAGAAGAGUAUGCUAUUCUGAUAUCUGAAGCCCAAGCCAUUAAAGCUGAUCUUGCAGCUGUCCAGGCAAAGGUUAACAGAAGUACUGCCCUGUUGAAGAGUUUGUCGGCUGAACGAGACCGCUGGGAAAAGACCAGUGAGACGUUUAAGAACCAAAUGGCCACCAUUGCUGGUGACUGCUUACUUUCAGCUGCCUUUAUUGCAUAUGCCGGAUACUUUGAUCAGCAAAUGCGCCAAAAUCUCUUCGCGACUUGGGCACAUCAUCUACAACAAGCAAGCAUUCUGUUCCGAACAGACAUUGCAAGAACAGAGUAUCUAUCGAAUGCCGAUGAACGCCUGCGCUGGCAAGCAAGCUCUCUACCUGCUGAUGACUUGUGCACAGAAAAUGCUAUCAUGCUGAAGCGUUUCAAUAGGUACCCAUUGAUUAUUGAUCCAUCUGGUCAAGCCACUGAGUUUAUCAUGAAUGAAUAUAAGGAACGCAAAAUUACAAGGACCAGCUUCUUAGAUGAUGCCUUUAGAAAGAACCUGGAGAGUGCAUUAAGAUUUGGUAACCCAUUACUUGUUCAGGACGUUGAAAGUUAUGAUCCAAUAUUGAACCCUGUGCUGAAUCGUGAAGUCCGCAGAACUGGGGGUAGAGUACUCAUAACCCUUGGUGAUCAAGAUAUUGACCUGUCACCCUCAUUUGUUAUCUUCCUGUCCACUCGAGACCCAACAGUUGAAUUCCCACCAGAUCUCUGCUCCCGUGUCACAUUUGUUAACUUCACAGUGACUCGGAGCAGCUUACAAAGCCAGUGUCUGAAUGAGGUGCUGAAGGCUGAGAGACCAGAUGUGGAUGAGAAACGUUCAGACCUGUUGAAAUUGCAAGGUGAAUUCCAGCUCCGUUUACGUCAGCUAGAGAAGUCUCUACUGCAGGCUUUGAAUGAAGUUAAAGGCCGUAUUUUGGAUGAUGACACCAUCAUUACCACACUGGAAAAUCUAAAGAAAGAGGCAGCAGAGGUAACCAGAAAGGUUGAAGAAACGGACAUUGUUAUGGCGGAGGUGGAUGCUGUGUCCCAACAGUACCUGCCGCUUUCUACAGCAUGCAGUAGCAUCUAUUUCACCAUGGAAGCAAUAAACCAGAUCCACUUCCUCUAUCAAUAUUCUCUUCAGUUCUUCCUGGAUAUUUAUCACACUGUUCUGUAUGAGAAUCCAAAUCUGAAAGAAGUAACAGAUCAUACACAGCGACUCUCAUUUAUCACAAAAGAUCUUUUCCAGGUGGUGUUUAACAGAACAGCACGGGGUAUGUUACACAAUGAUCACAUCAUCAUUUCAAUGUUGCUGGCGAAGAUUCGUCUCAAGGGCCUAACUAGUGAACCGUCAUAUGACGCGGAGUUCCAGCACUUUCUUUGUGGUCGACAGAUUGUACUGAAUGGGUCAUCUAUGUCAAAGAUAGAUUAUCUCACCGCAGAACAAAUCGAAGGAAUGGAGAGACUGAGCCGCUUACCAAUCUUCUUUGAUCUAACUUCCAAAGUUCAGGAGGAUGUCCAAUUUAACAUUUGGUUGGAGAGCAGUUCACCUGAACAAGCGGUGCCUUUUUUGUGGCCCGAGGAGAAACCUUUCACUCCCAUUGGGCAAGCAUUGCAUCGACUGCUUCUGAUCCAGGCUUUCCGGCCCGAUCGCCUCUUGGCCAUGGCUCAUAUCUUUGUGGCUACAGUUUUAGGAGACACUUUCAUGUCCUCAAUCGAACAGCCAUUGGACCUGGCAACUAUUGUGGAGACCGAGGUGAAACCAAACACUCCUGUUCUCAUGUGUUCCGUACCUGGCUAUGAUGCUAGUGGACGUGGAGAGGAUCUCGCAGCUGAGCAAAACACACAAAUCACAUCAAUUGCCAUUGGUUCUGCAGAGGGUUUCAGCCAGGCAGAGAAAGCCAUAAAUACUGCUGUCAAAUCUGGCAGGUGGGUGAUGUUGAAGAAUGUACAUCUUGCCCCUGGGUGGCUCAUGCAGCUGGAGAAGAAGUUGCACUCCCUGCAUGCACAUGCUAACUUCCGACUUUUCCUUACCAUGGAGAUCAACCCCAAGGUUCCAGUGAACUUGUUGCGAGCAGGACGCAUAUUUGUAUUUGAACCUCCACCUGGUGUGAAAGCCAACAUGCUGAGGACUUUCAGUAGCAUCCCAGUUUCCAGGAUGUGUAAAGCACCAAAUGAGCGUGCGCGGUUGUAUUUCCUCCUGGGCUGGUUCCAUGCUAUUAUUCAAGAACGUUUGCGAUAUGCACCCUUGGGAUGGUCCAAAAAAUACGAGUUUGGUGAAUCAGACUUAAGAUCAGCCUGUGACACAGUGGAUACGUGGCUGGAUGAUACAGCGAAGGGACGCCAGAACAUUUCACCUGAUAAAAUUCCUUGGUCAGCUCUGAAAACCCUGAUGGCACAGUCCAUUUACGGUGGCCGUAUUGACAAUGAAUUUGACCAGCGAUUGCUCAACUCCUUCUUGGACCGAUUAUUUACCACCGCUAGUUUUGACAGCGAAUUUAAAUUGGCUUGCAAAGUCGAUGGACAUAAGGAUAUUCUAAUGCCGGAUGGAAUCAGGCGAGAAGAAUUCAUACAAUGGGUUGAGCUGCUUCCUGAUACUCAGACUCCAUCCUGGCUGGGUUUACCCAACAAUGCUGAGAAGGUGCUUUUAACCACACAGGGCACUAACAUGCUCAGCAAGAUGCUGAAAAUGCAGAUGUUGGAGGAUGAGGAUGACCUGGCUUAUGCAGAAACUGAGAAGAAGCAGCGCACAGGAUCCACUUCAGAUGGACGGCCAAUCUGGAUGCGAAGUCUUCACACCACAGCCAGCAACUGGCUCCAACUUAUUCCAAAGUCACUUAACCAUCUUAAACGCACAGUCGACAACAUUAAGGAUCCAUUGUUUAGAUUCUUUGAAAGAGAAGUGAAGAGUGGAGCAAAGCUUUUACAGGAUAUUCGCCAGGAUCUGGCUGAUGUAGUACAAGUAUGCGAGGGGAAGAAGAAACAGACCAAUUAUCUGCGGACGUUAAUCAGUGAAAUGGUGAAGGGUAUCUUGCCUCACAGUUGGAUCCGUUACACAAUCCCUGCAGACAUGACAGUCAUUCAGUGGGUGGCUAACUUCAGUGAACGCAUAAAGCAGUUGCAGCAGAUAUCUCAGGCAGCAUCCACAGGAGGUGCUAAAGAACUGAAGAAUAUCCAUGUUUUCUUGGGUGGUUUGUACGUGCCAGAGGCUUAUAUCACAGCAACACGGCAGUAUGUGGCUCAAGCGAACAGCUGGUCGUUGGAAGAGCUUCGACUGGAAGUCAUUGUCACCAAUAAUCAGAACUCGGUAUUGGAUGCUUGCAGUUUUGGGAUAACAGGCCUGACACUUCAAGGUGCCGUAUGCAACAACAACAAGCUGUCUUUAUCCACUUCCAUAUCCACUGAACUCACUCUUACACAGCUUCGGUGGGUUAAAGAGACGUAUGCUGAAAAGAAAGCUAAUGUGGUGACACUUCCCGUAUACCUGAACUUCACGCGUGCAGAGCUGAUAUUCACUGUUGACUUUGACAUUGCGACCAAGGAAGAUUCUCGCUGCUUUUAUGAGCGUGGUGUCGCACUGCUCUGCACAGAAUAAAACCCAAUUAUUCCAACGGCAGAACUUGGCCUCGUUACAUAAUUACAUUUGCAUGUGCAUAUAUUUGUAACUAAUUAGAAGCUGUCUUUCAAGGUAGUGAAUGAUUUUGGAAGGAAUUGGUUAUUAAGGAAAAUGGUACAAGUUAAGGGGAAGUUUUAGUGGAAAUGGUUGCUGAGAUUCAAGAACUGGAAAAUAUAACAUGUAAUUUGGUUCAUGGCUGAUUUUACAAUUAAUAAAAUUAUACAUCAUGAA